CUCCCCUAUACAUCUGCUCCGCCAUACAGUAUGCCUUCAUUCCCGAAUGGUCUUGGUGAAAUCAUAGAACCAAACACUGAAUCAGCAGCACUCAUAGCCAGCACUCUUUUCCAAGCUGGAAUAUCGGCAGCGCUCUGGGGGCUUUGUGCAGCGGCAGAGUAUGGCGGAGAUCUAUGUCCCCUGGACAUCGAGCUUCUUGUGAACGAUAAUGACCAAGAGUAUGCCUUUACCAUACUCACAUCACAUGGCCUCAUCCCCUCCAUAGCAGACGAUCAUGACACAUCGUCCCCUACAACCUUCGCCAACUGGCGCCAGAGCUCUUCGACCCACCAAUAUCACGAUCGACGCAAUCUCCGCCACGGUGCGCCCAUCUACGAAGUCCCACCAGCCCAAUUGCUUGAUUCAAACUCUCAACCUGUCUUCAUCCCACGCAUGUUCAUCAUUCUCUAUUCCACAGAGCUCACUGGUCUUGCGCCGCUUCCACCCCCAGCAUCAUAUCCUGAAUUGCUCUCGCCUUUGGUGCAAAGCUUAUCAGAGGCGCCAUAUAUUCCACUAUCUGCACUGCCGGGAGUCGCGGGCCGAGAGGAUAGCCCCACUGAGUUUGCGACUUGCCUGCUACCAACAUUUCCGCGCCUGGUAGAGUCAGAGAUGCACAUCCUCCUGCAGGACCCUUCACCUGACUCGCUUGAGUGGGGGCAGCACAUGGCUCAAUUGUCGGCGCUUGUUCACUCGCGUUCCUGUCCAGGAGGUUUGGACCAUAUCCCAGUCAUUGCUGCUCCAAAGUUCCACGAGUUCAUCAAGUGGGUUCAAUUAUCCCGCAAGGGAAAACGGGAUUACAAUGCUUUACAACGCUUGCAGGAAGAUUACAAGCAACAUGGAACCCCUGUAAAGAGUAUUACCAGCCGCCAUCCGACCCUGCAUGUACCAUUGACAAUAUAGAAGAGGAUAAAUCUGAUAUGCUCGAUUAUAUGAGCACUCAUACUAGAAAAUACAGGCGAGGGAAUCAGUAGACUUUAAUGAUUUCAUUUGGUGGGCGACAACCUGAGUUUUUUUUUUUUUUUUCUUUCCCUACAUAUGUAGCUGGACAAAGAAGCAAACUGCCAAAUUAAAAGUUUAUGGACUAUCUGCACAGAAU